CACCGUCUACCGCCCUUCUCGGGCCAUUACUCCUAUCCAUGAACCCUUUCUACCCGCCCUCCGCAUUCCCUCACCUUGAACUGACGGGCCUUCUUAUAGGCACCGCAAAAAUAAGGGCGAGAUGCUCCUCAUUGGCCUGACUUUUCGAGGAAAGCUCUCUAUGACCCUUGGCUGGGAUGGUGCCAGUUCCGAAAGGGACCUCGUGGAGCAGUUUUGGGAUCAAUUUACGAAGGCAAUUGAAGAGUUCUUGAUAGAUAGGAGGGACCCUGGACCAAGCGCCACACUGCGGGAGGGACUCAAGGCAAGGAUUUGCUUUCAGACAAAUUCAUGGAUCAUCCUUGGUGGUUGAUGAAUUUGGUCGCAUUACGUGGCACAUCCUUUCCCAUUCAC